CAAACUACUUUUGGUGCAAUCUUCUCAGUGGCAGUUUCCUGUGUGUUAGCCAAAACCACAAUAUUAGUUCUAGCUUUCAUGGCUAUCAAGCCAGGCUCUAGGAUGAGGAGAUGGGUGGGAAAACAACUGGCAACCUUUAUUGUUCUUUCCAGCUUCCUUGUUCAGACUGUUUUAUUACUGUGUGGCUGGCAACCUGUCCUCCAUUCCCAGAUGUUGACAUGCACUCAAUCACUGAAGAAAUUGUGCUAGAAUGCAAUGAAAUAUCAUGUUUUGCUCUGUUUUGAGCUUUGUGGGUUUCCUGGCCAUUGCCAGCUUGACUUUGGCUUUCCUAGCUAGGAAGUCGCCUGAUACUUUGGAUGAGAUAUGAUAAUCAUGUUUUCCUUAAAAUAUUACACAGAAUCCGUAAUUCAAAGCAAGUGAUUACCUCACCUGUAAUUACCAGAUUAUUCAGAAUUACAUCUUCUCCCCUUCCCUAGGGACCUCCUCUGCCCACAUGCAGAAUGAUGAAACUAAGACUGGAAGCUCUUAUUAAUAAGUAUGAAGUGAACAUGGUUGGGUCUAUAGAUACACAGAGGCUCAUCAGUAUGACUUUGAAUCAGCUAAGUGGGUCACCAUUCAAGUUAGUCUCUACUGCUCACAGUCACUUGAAUGACAGUAACAGAGAGGUCAACUUGUUCCUAAAUGAAUAAUCCCUUGCAAGAUGGUAGUGUUUAGGUUGCUGGUAAUCUUACUGCCACUGCAGGGGAUGUGCAAGUAUCUUCCUCUUCCUCAGUGUUCCAUCAGAGAACCUGUCCCUAUUCUUCACAAAUAUUAUCAGUCAGGAGACCUCAUCAUUGCUGGCAUUAUUUCACAGAUCUACAUAUUUUCAGAUACCCUAUCCUUUGAAAAACACCCAUCUCAGGAAUUUUCAGAUGACCAUAUGGUGCUGACUCACCUCUACCAGCACAUCCUGGCCUUGGCAUUUGCUGUAAAGGAGAUCAAUGAAACUCCCCAGAUCUUGCCCAACGUCACCCUGGGCUUCCACAUUUAUAACAGCCAUUUCAGUGCAAGCUGGACCUAUGAAGCCUCAAUGGAGCUUCUCUCAAGAAGGGCCAAGGUCAUCCCUAACUAUAAAUGUGAUGCUGAGAGCACUCCAAUAGCAGUCAUUGGGGGACCUAACUCUAAUGUCUGUCUUCACAUGACACCCAUCCUGUCUACCUACAAGAUACCGCAACUCAUAUAUGGCUCUUCCCCACUCAUGAAUAAAGAGUCUCAAGGAGUCUUCUUCUACCAAAUGUUCCCAAAUGGGGACCAUCAAUAUAGAGGAAUCAUCAAGUUACUGCUGCAUUUCCAGUGGACGUGGAUUGGAGUGGUUUCUCAAGUUAGGGAAAAUACAGAAGGUUUUAUAGAGAAUGUACUUCCAGUGUUUUCCCAGAGUGGCAUCUGCUUUGACUUCAUAGAAACAUUCCCAAAGCUAACAUCUUCCAGUGGAAUCACAGACAUGGUGGGGGAGGGCUUUCACGCUAUCAGUGUUAUUAUGGGGAGCACUACCAAUGUUGUGGUUGUACAUGGAGAAAUUCAUUCCAUGAUGGCAUUGAAAAUGGUGCCCCAGGUUUUAAACUUUGAGCAUAUACCAAUGAGGACCAAAAGUAAAAUCUGGUUCCUGACAGCCCAGAUGGAUAUCACAUCAUUUCCAUUUCAAAGAUAUUGGGACAUAAGUUUCCUUCAUGGUUCUCUUUCCCUUGCCAUUCACUCAGUGGAUCUGUUAGCUUUCCAGAAGUUCCUUCAGAUCAAGAACCCAAGCACAGAAAAAGAAGAUGGUUUUAUCAAGGACUUCUGGGAAGAGUCAUUUAACUGUUCAUUCCCCAGUUCAGUGGCAGAUAAUAUAGGUGGGCAAAUUUGCACAGGGGUGGAGAAGAUGGAGACACUCCCCGUGUCUGUUUUUGAAAUGAGAAUGACUGCCCAUAGCUACACCAUCUACAAUGCAGUCUAUGUGGUGGCACAUGCUUUGCACAUCAGACAUUCAUCCCAAUUCAAGCACAGAGGAAUGGCAGAGGGAGUAAGAUGGGAGCUUCCAAAUCCACAACCAUGGCAGCUCCAUCACAUUCUCAGAAGUAUUUCGUUUAACAACAGUGCAGGAGAAAAGGUGCGUUUUGACGCAAAUGAAUUAAUUGCUGGCUUUGACAUUAUAAACUGGCUCAUGUUUCCAAAUCAGUCCUUUCUUAGAGUCAAAAUUGGGAAGAUAGACUCUCUGGGUACCCAGGAAAAAUUGUUCACCAUUCAUGAGGAUGCCAUUGUAUGGCCCAACCAAUUUAACCAGACCCGGCCCAUUUCUAUAUGCAAUGAUCAUUGCAGUUCAGGUUACAGUCGAACCAAGAAGGAAGGGAAGCCAUUUUGUUGCUAUGAUUGCUUUACAUGUCCAGAAGGAAAGAUUUCCAACCAGGAAGACAUGGAUGACUGUUUUCAAUGUCCAGAAGAUCAGUACCCAAACCUUGGCCAGGUUAUAUGUCUUCCAAAAGACAUAAGCUUCCUGUUUUACGAUGAACCUCUGGGGAUCAGUUUGGUCACGCUUGCUCUUUUAUUGACUUUCACUACAGCUUUGGUGCUUAGGAUCUUCAUCAAGCACAAAGACACUCCCAUAGUCAAAGCCAACAAUCAGACCCUCACCUAUGUUCUCCUCCUAGCCCUCGUUCUCUCCUUCCUUUGUCCUUUGCUAUUCAUUGGCCAGCCCACAAAAAUAACCUGUCUCCUUCAACAAACUGCUUUUGGAGUCAUCUUCUCAGUAGCAGUGUCUUGCAUCUUAGCAAAAACAACUAUAGUGGUUCUAGCUUUCAUGGCUACCAAGCCAGGCUCCAGAAUGAGGAGAUGGGUGGGGAAACAACAGGCUACCUCCAUUGUUCUUUUCUGCUCCCUGAUUCAAGCCAUUAUUUGUAGUGUGUGGCUGGCAACGUCUCCCCCAUUCCCAGAUUUGGAUAUGCACUCUGUGACUAAAGAAAUUGUUUUGGAAUGUAAUGAAGGGUCAGUCACCAUGUUCUACAGUGUCUUGGGCUUCAUGGGCUUGCUAGCUAUUGUCAGCUUCACUGUGGCUUUCCUAGCCAGGAAGUUACCAGACAGUUUUAAUGAAGCCAAGUUCAUCACCUUCAGCAUGUUGGUUUUUUGCAUUGUGUGGCUGUCCUUUGUUCCAACCUACCUGAGUACCAAGGGAAAGUACAUGGUGGCUGUGGAGAUCUUUUCUAUUUUGGCCUCUAGUUUUGGGUUACUGGGCUGCAUCUUCUUCCCCAAAUGUUAUAUCAUUUUGCUGAGGCCAGAGUUAAACAGCAGAGGACAGCUUAUUAUAAGAAAGAGUUAAAGCAUAAAUAAGUCUAUUUGAUGUAGCAAAUCAUAACUGGACUAAAUCUCCUUGAAUUCAUUUUUCUUCAUCU